UAGUUGCUCACCUAACAUGCCAUUAAUUUUGACAUUGAUAUCGUCGUUUGUUCGAGGUGCCUCCGGAUGUAUAUAGACACCGCCCUCAUAACCACGAAGCAAAUGGGUUGCCGGAUUGUCGCAUAGCGACCAUAUGUCACCGUGCGUUCCUGGGGCCAUUAUGGGUCGCUGUUGUAACGGUUGUCCAGUGGCGGUGGCAAGGAGCACUGAAGCAAAGUACCGACAUCGUCUGUACAUAAUGUUCUCUCCAUACAGGAUUCUUAAAUAUAAGCAUAUAGCCGUAUCUCGUCUCUAUUUCCUUGUCAACAGAUCCACAGAGGCUUUUCUGCCAGAAAUAAAUCAGAAUUCACUGACAUCCCUGUUAUUCAUUGAAAUAAUAGCAAAGUUUGUUUCUUCAGCAGUAACCAAGGACAGCGCGUACAUCGACUGGACAGAAAAGGAGCCGCCUUCUCAUUCAACCAGAAUUGAGAAUACUUCAAUCAUCCAGCUCAUAUGCUGCAUUGAUAUUGAGCUACACUAUCCGAUGUAUCAACCAGGGGACACGACAAUGUGUAUCGCGCAAAAGUUACUGCAAACAACUUUCAUUGGUGCAUGAUACGACUUUUGACUCCUUUCAUUUUCAUUGGUUAAAAUUUUAAGAGACGGUCACAAAUAACAACCAACGAUGGUAGAUUGUUUUUGGUGGAGAUGUUGCUUUCUUACAACCUAUCAACGUCGAGAGACACAACGCCAAAGGCCAAUAUAUUUACUACUAGUCUUUUGCGAGAAUAGAGUUUUAUGUAUCUGUACUGAGCAUAUCU